AAGCACUGUGAUUUAAAGGUAGAUUUAGGCAUAGAGUUUCUGUAAAAAGAUGUUCAUGUUAUUCUAUCGUAUGCUUAGUAGAAAGCGGCCAUUGUUUUAAAUUAAUGCGCAUCACAACACAUACCAUAAUUAUCAUUAUUAAUAUUUAGUUUUAAUUAAUUUGUGUUUAACAUCACAUAAUAGUAUCAUAACAAAUUAUUUAUGUUAAAAUUAACAUAAAUCAAUUGAGCGAGGUUUAUUAUUUGAAUCUUAUAUCAAAAGUCAUGCCAGCAGACAACGAUGAGAGCGGUAACGAGAGUGACAGCAGCACUAGUAGUAGUGUUACAUUCAAGAAAAAACCUACAUUCAAGAUCAGUAAGGUUGCUCAGUUAGCACAUUCUGUGAAACCAGGACAGAAAUUAAUUCCUGUGACAAAUGGGAAACCGAUUAAAAUAAUAGGCUUCCGCCCUUCAUUAAAAGAUCAUCCAGGAUCAUUGCAAACGGUUAGCGUUUCUCAAAAACCUCCAGAGCCUCCACAUAAUGGUGGCGAACUUUCACAGAAACCAGGAGGGCCGUUACAGAAUUCUAAAGAAGGUAUUCAGACAACUGAAGGGGAUCCUGUUAAUCCAAAAGAUCCACAGGAAGAUGUUUUUAUUCCAGAUCAACACCCGGCAGGAAAAGUCCUUCUCGACAUUUUAAACAUUACGCAAAAUAACACUUUGUUAUUGAAUGAAUUAUCAAAAAAAAUGGAUAAACAAGGCGAGCAAUUAUCCAAAUUGUCGCAAAUUGUUCAUCAGCGUGGAAAUCCAACGAUUGCAUCGACAAUAGCCAAACCUGACUUCGUACCGUUCCACACUGCGGCGGAAGUUAAAGAAUAUGAAAAAGCUACAGAAGAAAACAGAACUAAAUUAAGAAAUUAUAUUAGUGCUUUUAAAGGAGGAAGAUGUGUAAUGGAUAACGUUCGAUAUAUUUUGAAAAAUAAUUUACUCAUGAUGGAGGAGCUGUUAAUCACUUACAAUUACUUUGAACCCAGUAAAGGGAAACCAAACACUUUGGCUGGUUCCAUGCUCGAUCGUGAUUUUCUCUCGGCUUUAAGAUCGGUGUACCCUAAUUUAACUGUGCAACAAUAUCAUGAAGCUUUAAAAACUGCACUGAAAGCAGCAGAUUCUCGAAUGAGAGUAAAAACUAAAUCCGCCUCAGAACCACCGAAAAAGAGGAAGAAAAGCACGGAUUUUUCUGAAGAUUUUUAUUCUAAGUCAUCUGAAAAUCAUCCUCCAGUGGAUCAGCAUUUCUUAAAUUAAUAUUUUUUAAUUAAGUAUUUUUUUCAUUUAAAAUAUAUAUUAAUUGUAAGGAGGUAUAUAUAACUUAUAGAAUGUCAACUAUUUAGGUUACAGAAACAAAUAUAAUUUUCUAUUUUAUUACAAA